UUUAUAAUAAAUAGAAUUCGUUAUGUUAAGCACGUUUUCUUAUAUAAAUGAAGUAAUUUUUACUCAAAACAUUAUUUUGUUUUAAACUUGCAACAAAAUGAAGUUUUUCCUUAUAUUUUUGGUUUUGGCAGUCCUUGCUUCGGCUAACGGUCAAUGGGAUUAUUCAUGCACUGCUCAGGGAGGAAAAUGUGUCCCUAAUAAUUCUGAAAAUGCGAGACAUUGUAGUGAUAUAUUGCCGGUGCCGUGCCGCGAUCCAAAUUAUAUGUGCUGCCGUAAUCAAGAACCUGCCACUACCGAAUGCGAGUAUAAAGGUGGAGAAUGUAUGCCCACAACACUUAUCAGUGCCCAAAACUGUUUAACAAGUGGCCCUUAUUCUUGUCACCCUAAUGGACAAGUAAUUUUAGGAGUAUUUUGCUGUUUAAGAUGGAAAUACCCAACACAUCAAGGGGUUUAAAUAAAAACUAAAUGAGCUUCAGUCUUCAAUACUUAUAACAAAAUAAAAUGAAUAAAAUUAUCUUCUUUCUGCUUAUUUAAAUUUACAAAACAAUGUCUACACGACAGUAUCAUGUUACACGUUGUAUGCAUACCCGGCGACGGCUUAUUUCAUACUUGUUUUACAAUGUAACCAAUUUUGAACACACACAACUUUUAAGAGCAACAAUAAUAAACUAUAUUCAUUAUA